AUGGCGGCUUCUGAUGCUUCUUCAGGACCAACGCCACCGCCUACUUGUGGUCCUAUUCUUUCUUCUGCUGCAUCGUCCUCAAUUCCAGCUUUCACUACUGUUACUGUUCAGAAUAUUUCCGGCAUGAUUCCGAUCAAACUUCAAGCAACCAACUAUUUGCUCUGGAAGAAUCUUUUUCUCCCAAUUCUUCGGAAAUUCAAGAUGCUCGGUCUCGACACUGGUGAUGAGCCGUCUCCUCGCACAAUUCUUGAUUCUUCUGGUUCCACCAUUGAGAAUCCAGCCUUUGAUCUUUGGUAUGAUAAAGAUCAAAGCCUGAUGAUUUGGAUUAUCUCUACGUUAUCUUCUGAUCUUCUCUCUCAUACUGUGGGUAUUGAGAGCUCGCGUGCUCUUUGGGAACUUCUUGAGAAACGCUUCGCUGGAGUUUCUCGUGCUAGUAUUCAUCAAUUGCGCUCGCGUCUUGAAACCCUCACCAAAGGUGAUCUGUCUAUGGUUACAUACUUGCAGCAGAUGAAGGAAAUUGCUGCUGGCUUGGGUGCGGCUGGCCAACCUCUCACUGAUUCUGAUCUUGUUGCUUACAUCUUGGCUGGUCUUCCUGAGAAGUAUGAUUCUUUUGUGACCUCUAUUGAAACUCGUAGUGACCUAGUUCUUCUAAUGAGCUUCAUGGUUUCCUGCUUGGUCGUGAAGCUGCGAUCCUACAUCGCACGACUCGUUCUUCUCUGCCGGUCACUCAUGAACCGUUUCAUGCUUAUGCUGCUUUUCCACACCACAGAGGUCGUGGAUCUCAUGUACAUUUUAAGCACAAAGGUCCUGGUCAGGGCCAAUACUCCUUUGCAAAAUUCUACUUUUGGAUCCUCUUCUCGUGCACCGUCUCCAUUUUCUCAUGGCAGCUCUUCUCCAUUUUCUUCUGAUGCUUCCCACUCCUCUCAUGGAGUUAUUGUUUGUCAAUUCUGUAACAAGCAUGGCCAUGGCGCUGCCACUUGCAGGAAGCUAGGUCUUCUUCUCAAUCAAUCUUUCUCUUCACAGUCCUUGUCUCAGUACUCAGGCUAUUAUGUCAAUCCACAGUCCCAACCUCCUUCUACCUCUUGGAUCAUGGACACUGGGGCUACCGCUCAUGUUACUGCUAAUAACAGUCAUCUUCAAAAUUCUGUUCUGUACUUGGGUUCUAAUUCUUUGCAAGUUGGAGAUGGUAACUGCUUACCUAUAUCGCAUAUUGGUUCUUCUGUUAUUACCACUCCUUUUGCUAAUUUUUCUCUUAGGCAUAUUUUACAUGGUCCUCAUAUUACUCAGAAUUUACUAUCGGUUCAAAAGUUCUUAGAGGAUAAUCAAUGUUCUCUAACUCUCUAUCCUUCUAAAUUUUCCAUUAAGGAUCUGGUUACACAGAAGAUGCUUUACCACAAUCCACUUAAAGAGGGUAUGUACAAGUUGACUACUGGUGUUGACUCUGUUGCUGCCAAGACCAGUUGCUCUACUUCUUCCUUUAUGGUAAAUAAAUGUGAUUUGCUCACUUGGCAUCAGAGAUUAGGUCAUCCUCAUGCUUCUGUUUUUCAGCAAGUCAUUAGUCAUAAUAACCUCCCUUUAUCUGGUUCCUUUGCUACAAAUGUACUCUGUUCUGCUUGUAAGCUAGGAAAGGCAUCCAAACUUCCAUUUCAUGGUUCAGGCUCUAAGACUACCAAGCCUUUGGAAUUGUUACAUAGUGAUGUAUGGGGUCCUAGUCCUAUACAUUCUAUUUCGGGAAAUAAAUACUAUGUUCUUUUCUUGGAUGAUUUUACCAAGAGUGAUUCUGGUGGGGAAUUCUUAAGUUCUAGUUUUCAGCAGUUUCUUAAUCAGGAGGGCAUUGUUCAUCAAUUAAGCUGCCCUCACACUCCCGAGCAGAAUGGUGCUGCUAAGCGUAAACACAGGCACAUAGUUGAAUUGGCAAGAACUUUGUUAGCUACUUCUAAAGUUCCUUUUCAGUUUUGGGUUGAUGCCUUUCUCACUACCCUUUACCUUAUCAACCGCCUACCUUUUACCUCCUUUCACCUCUCUCCUUUUGAACUACUAUUUCACUCCAAACCCAAUUAUCAUUCUCUUAAAAAUUUUGGUUGCCAAUGUUUUCCUUGGUUAAAACCUUACAGUCCAUCCAAAUUACAUCCCAAGAGUUUAUCUUGUGUGUUUCUAGGUUAUAGUCUUAAUCAUUCUGGGUAUCGUUGUCUUGAUCCUGUUACAAAUCGCCUUUAUGUAUCUAGACAUGUUACUUUUCAUGAAUCUAUUUUCCCUUUUCAUGCUACUAUUUCUUCUUCCUUUUCUGAUUCUAUUUCUUCCUAUUUUCCUAUCAUUCCUCUCACUUUUCCUGUGAUCACUUCUUCUCCUUCACAGUCUCAUUUAUCGCCCUUAUCCUCCUCUUCUCCUCCUUCUUUUGUGCCAUUUGUUUCUCCCCCUUCUCAACCGUCAUUAUCUGUUCCUUCUUCUUCUAUCCAUGUUCAAAACACUCAUCCUAUGCUCACUCGUUCAAAACAUGGUAUUUUUAAACCUAAAGCUCUUACAGCCACUAAGCAUCCCUUGCCUUCUUCUUUACAUUCUACUGCUCUUCUUCCUCCCACUCCCACUAUCUAUAAACAAGUUGCUAAACAUUCGGUGUGGGUUGAGGCCACGAAGAGUGAACUUGCUGCUUUGGAACAAACCAACACUUGGACUUUGGUCCCUCCCUCUCCAUAUCAGAAUUUAGUUGGUUCUAAGUGGGUUUUUCGCACUAAGUUUAAACCUGAUGGUACUGUUGUCAAAUUCAAGGCUCGUUUGGUUGCUAAGGGGCAUCAUCAGCGAGAAGGCUUGGAUUUUCAUGAAACUUUCAGUCCUGUGGCUAAGCCUACUAUGAUCAAACUUCUUCUUUCUUUGGCAGUCCAAUAUGAUUGGUUCUUAAAUCAAUUGGAUGUGAGUAAUGCUUUCCUUCAUGGUUUUUUGAAGGAAAAUGUUUUUAUGUCUCAGCCACCUGGUUUUGCAGAUCCUACCAGGCCUCAUUUUGUUUGUCAACUCAAUAGAUCCUUGUAUGGCUUAAAACAGGCUCCUAGGGCAUGGUAUGAUGAAUUGUUCAAAGCCUUGGUUUCUCUGGGGUUUCAAUCUUCUCAGGCAGAUUCUUCUCUUUUCAUUAAGACAAGUGGUGCUUCUCUUGUUCUUGUUUUGGUCUAUGUUGAUGAUAUUUUGGUCACUGGAAACUGCAACAUAGAUUGUACCUCUCUUAUUUCUCAUCUCAGUGCAAAAUUCCCAGUUAAGGAUCUUGGUCCCUUACACUAUUUCCUUGGCUUGGAGGUCACACGAUCUGCCCAAAGUAUGUUUCUUUCUCAAACGAAAUAUGCAUGUGAUCUUCUCAAGAAGACAGAUUUUCUUGGGGCUAGUUCUUGUUCAACUCCCCUUGGUUCUUACAAGUUGGAUAAUUCUGGGGAUAUUCUUGAAGAUGCACUCUUGACAUGGGGGUCUGGUUUACUAACGGUUCUCUUGGUUUGCAAGCCUUCACAGAUGCUGAUUGGGCUGGUUGUCCUAUUGAUCGGAGGUCUACCAGUGGCUGGUGUAUCUUUCUUGGUUCCAAUUUAA